AUGUGGAUGCUGAAGACCCUUCUCCUUGUUACCCUCUUCCUGGGAUUCUCCAACGCCGUAGCGCUACAGGUAUGGCGAGAUGCCGUUGUCAAAUCUGAGAAUACAGAGGAAGACAUUGUUCUCUACAGUGCGAGAGCUACAUUCAAGAGCCCACUGGAGAAUGAACAGCUAGUUCAGCUAGCGAAGAAUGCAUACGAUGCAAUGCAGAGCGAAGCCAAGAAGGAUAAUAUCAAGCCAGAGCUACAACCACAAGUCAUGGUGGCUCUUGCUGUCCACAAAGAAGUUUUCUUGUCGUCGUCGGCGAUGGGGCCCCCAUUGCUGUACGACAGAACGGAGAAAAGUGGUGGCAAAGGCCAAAUUCAGAAGGGGCCACCUAAGGAGCUGAUUAGUAUUUUUAACCUCUGCAGCCAAAACCUUCUCGGUGGUGCCGAACAUCGGUACGAGGCGUCGUGUGGGGACAUCAAUGUAUUUCUUGCGUAUUAUGAAAGGAACAAGAAAGAUGUUCGAAAUAUGGAGGAGAAUGGAAGGCUUGUGGUAUGGGGCGUGGGUGCAAAUGAGGUUGGGCAAAACGACAAAGCACAUAUCAUGGAGUCAUGCUAUGAUCAAAAAGACUUGAAGUUCGGCUGUGGCUCGGCUUUGGAAGGAUUCUAUGAAAAGAUCCAUGUGGUGAAGGAUGUCGACCCUAAGCCCUACGAUGAAAGGGAUCUACAAGCCAUUGACGCACAGCCUCUUUGGUCUGUCGACAAUACUCCGGCGGGGAAUUGCCAUGUACCCUUAAACAGCAACGGUGAUAAGGAGGAAGCCCUCACUGUUCAACAACUCACCAUUCCCAACCCAAACGGUAAAAAUACAAAAUUUCUUGUCUUUGGCUCGCGCAUCACCUUCACAGACCCCAAAGAAACAAUCGAGGCCGAGCAUAUCGUAGGACUAGCGCAAGCCGCCUUCGAAGAGAUGACAUCCACAAAGAUCCCCAGUCGCAUGAAGAUGCCAACUGUGAUGAGUGCCCUGCAGGUUGGAAAUGAGGUGUUCCUUGCGUCCAGCAUGACGGGCGGUUGGGGCACAUACAUCUACACAGCAUUUGAAGGCGAGCGUCCGGUCCCCCCUAGUGGUCAAAAUACCGGGGCGGAGGCGUACGGAGAAUUUACCAACGUUCUGACGGAGAAUGCGCCAGACGUCAGGGAUGCUUUGCAGGCCUGCAGUAUCAAAGCUGUGGGUCAGCACGGCAAGAGGCAUUGGGAAUUAACAAACACGACGGAAGCUUCGAUCACCGGCCAGGGGUUGAUGAAUACUAAGCAAAGUGGAGAGAGCCUUCUCCCACGGGGCCCCAACGAAAACAUAAUCCAGCAUAGGUUCAAUGCCAACUGCGGAGAGAUCAUGGCCUCUCUUGCGUAUCGGAUGACCCAUAACAAGAAGACGGAUAAGCUGAGACACUUGACACCGAAGCCAAAGAUUGUUGCGUGGGAAAAGACCAAGGGGGAGGGAAAGAUCAAACCCCCUUGUGAGCACAAAGACGGCAACAAAGAGGAGGAUAAAUGCGGCGAGGGUUGGGGCUGUGGGGCAUUCACGGGGAAGGCCGGCAUGGAUUUUGAAGUGAUUAAACCUGAGGUGGAGCCGCUUGACGUGAACGACGCAGCAUUCCCUAAGUUUCAAGUUCACGCUGUGAGAUUCCCCAAGCUCAAGAAGUCUAAAAAGAAGACACCCGAGCCUUCUGACCACCAGAAACCCUGA